AGUUCAUUUGGAGUCAGGAGGAGCCUCAGAACAUGGGCCCCUGGUCGUUUGUGGCCCCCAGGUUUGAGAAGCAGCUGGCCUGUAAGCUCCGGUUAGUGAGUCGUCCGGCUCUGCCCGCCCCGGCUGUCGGUAUCGGGACCCUUCAUCAUCAGCAGCAGGAGGUCAUCCUCACCGCUACGUUUUCCUGAGACUCGGCAGAACAAACGGAGCGGUGCUACACUACAAAAUGUACCUGCUGCACAGCAGAUGGCACUUCUUGAAACAAACGGUACGAAGAUACACUCAAGGAACAUGUUAGAGGAUGGUUUUAGACAUUUUAUUUGUACACGUGUCAGGAGACAUGUCUUGGUUUUAGUCUGUGGAUUUUUAAAAGCAUUUCUGCUUAUUUCUUAAUUUUUCGUCGAUCCACAUGCCUGUAUUCUGUGUUUAACGUGAGGAGGCCUCAGAUGUGACGCUUGCAGGGUCAGUGGAAGGACGACGCAGCUGAAAGUUGUUUUUGUGCGACUCGGGGUUAUGUAAUCAGAUUUGUGAAACCUGUACGGGCUUCAAGUUUCAGGAAUCCAAACCAUUUCAUCUGUGUUCAUUUUAGUAGUGUCAAGAAACAAAAUGUCAGUUUAAAUGACUGAAAAUCUGAGUGUUUAUAAAUUUAUAAAAUUUAUCAAAUAAAAUCAGAUCUAAAAGAAAAAGAUGAAACCCAUUUCUGAUCGAACAAAAAAAAAAAGUUUAUUAUAAACUGCAACAAUUUUAGCUUUGAUCAAAAAAUUUUCUAUUUAACCAGAGUUUAAAAAC